AUGAAGAUUUACAGGGCUUCUGAGAACUUACAAAGGAACUUGGGGCAUCUUCAGAAGACAGGGUUAGGAAUCUGGACCUACUGUCAGGACAGUCUCCUUCCAAGGAUACAAGACGUCAUCUUAGAAGCCUGGGUCGCUUAUUCCACACCAAUACCAUCUGACUAUCACCAACUGCUAUUCUUGUUUCUCAUGUGCUGUUGCAUUGCUGCUUCAAUUGGAGGCCUCUUCUACUGCUGGAUGUUUUCCUCUCUGCAAUAUUCUUCCCAGUUCUCUGCCACAGCUGCUUCAACCAUUAGUUUCCUGGCCUUAUGGACACUCUUUUUGGUGCACCCUGUCCGUUGCAUGUUCACCAUGAUUGUGCCUACAUUAGGGACUAAACAAGGGAGGAGGCUUCUCCUGUCUGCCUGUUUCAUGAUUGUAGCUCUCAACAUAAUCCCAAACAUCACAAGCAACAUCAAGGCUAUUCUGGAAAUCAUUAAAUGCAUCUGCAAGGAUUCCUCUGAGAGUCUCCUAAAGUCAACGUUUCUAUUGGAAAAUGCUUCAUCGGACUUCAGUCGCGUUCUCAAAAUUAGAACUGAUGACUUGCCAGACAAAUUUGGGAAAACAAGGGAUAGCCAGGUUAUGUUUGAAACUCACAGUAAUGAAUUCCUACUGAGUCAGAAAAUGACUGAUGCUAGCCAUCAUAUCACAGAGGAUUUCUUGAGAAUUGAAAUGUUAAUUCAGAAGAUCAUAUUGUUGGCCAACCGAGUAUCUGCUGGCUUCUUUCUUUGCUUUCUUAUUUUUGAGUCUGCUUCUUACCUGAAAUGCUAUCUCACAGAUCUCAAAUUUGAUAAUAUUUAUAUCACCAAAAAACUAGAUUCUUUAGCUCAGGAGAAGAAAACAAUUCACCUACUCUCUUGCACUUCCAGGAAGCUGAUAAAAUCAACUGGUCUCAAGUUAACCAGAGAAGAACUCAUGACCUCUCUCACACAUAUUUUUCUUCUUACCUUGGUGUUGAUAUUAACAUUAGUGAUCAUCGCAACAGACUAUAUUGCCUUCCAUUUGGCACAAGCAGCUGUGAGUGAAGUUACUCAGUUCCCUGUAGUGCCAAUUAGCUUCUGGAUAAAAUAUGAUGUCAAGUUAACCUUUAUAGAAUUUUUUGGAAAAGUUUUUAAUAAUGCUUUUUCUAUAGAACAAUCCAAAUCACCAUUUGAAAGGAGUUACCAUCAGAAUCUGACUUUUCUCUCUACUAACUGUUCCUUGAGAUAUCCGACUCCACCAAACACAGCUGUAACAUUUGCUGUCGGAGUCCUAUAUUGCAUCAUUUAUGCCAUUACGUUUUUGGAAACAUAUUCACGUCGACUAUGCCGAAAAAUUGCCGCCUCUUUUUUUGAGAAUCAAGAAGACCAGAGAAUCCAGUAUCUUUACAAUAAGCUUGUAAGGAAGCAGAAGAAAAAAGAGCAACAGGAACAAGAACUGGAACCCAUUGUAUGUUGUUAA